ACCUUUUCCAAGAUGGAUGCUGCUGCGUAUUUUGUUGCUGGGUGUGCUUCUAAAAAGUGGACUGUGUUCAGAAGACAGCAAUGCCUGCCAAAGCCUGCAGCUUCUAGAACGAUAUUUUCGUUUAGUGUACGAUUUUGAUGACACUGGAAGAGUUGAAGACAUAUUUCAUUAUAGUGAAUUAUUGAUUUUUGCCAGAUCACAUUUUGCAUCUGGUAAUGCAAGUUUUGAGUGUGAAGUGUGUUUCUUUCUUAUGUUACUGGUGUCAUAUGUUAUGUGCGUGUUAUUGGCGUGAGUGGGCAAAAUACACUAUUGGUACAUGUGUUUGUUAAGAUUAGCACAUAAAUUACAUUUCAUUGACCUCGAAUAGUAGUGUUUCGGAUAUUGCGCAGAAAAAAAAAACACCCUGCCCUUGGCAGAAUAGCCUAUUUUCCUUUGAUGUGUCGUGUGUGAUGACAAUGCGACAAGGAAAAGAGUUACAUAAAUUGAUUGAAUCAAAUAGGAAGAAAGGUCAAAGGAACUUAGUUGCAGUUGGAGCAACAAGGGGUUACCUGUGAUGUCAAGGAGGCCGUUUUCAAAUGUUGACGAUUCUUCAGAGAAAUAUAGACAUAUUUUGUAUAUAACUUGCAGAUUGAUGUGGUGACCGCCCUAGUUCCAACAUGGCAUCACUGAAAACAUCUGCCUGUGAGGCUCGUGGUCGCUGCCAUGAUGGACGGGGUGGUGAGAUUGUGAAGAUGGGGUACCUUCGGAAACUCAAGGGCGGUCUUCUGUUGCAGACCAUGAAGAAGCGGUUCUUCAUUUUGCGUGGAGAUUCAUCUGAAGCUUCAGCACGACUGGAGUACUAUGAGGAUGAGAAGAAGUGGAAGAAGAACCACUCUCCCAGAAGGGCCAUCUCACUGAAAACGUGCUUUAACAUCAACCGGCGACAAGACACAAAACACAAGCAUGUGAUUGCUCUGUACACAAAGGAUGACUGCUUUGGGCUGGUGCUGGACUCUGAGGAGGAGUUAGAAGACUGGUUGAAGGCUCUUCUCUCGCUGCAAUAUGGGGAGGACAUAGUGGAUGGGGAAGAGCCCAAACCUACGUUUGAGCAUGUGUGGCAAGUGACAGUGCUGAACAAAGGCCUUGGCAACACUCGCAACAUGUUGGGUCGCCACCUGCUGUGUCUAACUGACAGAAGCCUGUCUCUGGUUAAGCUGACCCAGGAGGAGAGGGCUGAAACAUACGAGUUCUCGCUUGUGAGUGUCCGGCGUUGUGGGCGCUCUGACUGCUUCUUUUACAUGGAGGUGGGGCGUUCCUCCUGCACGGGUGAGGGAGAGCUCUGGAUGCAGACUGAGGAUACAAACAUUGCUGACAACAUGUAUGCUGCCAUCCUGCAUGCUAUGAGCAACAACAGUUCUAAAGAGGAGCAGUUGGCACGCCCACGUUCCUCAUCUACCAACGAAGUCUCGAAACCGAUCGCCAUGCUACAAAGACGCCAAACACAUGUGGGCAACAGUUCUGUUAAAGAAGCUGCACCCCCUACGCGUGCAGUGCCUACCAAUGAGCCGGACCCUCAUGGCCACCCUCAGCAGGUGUUGUCUGCUGCUAGUCUGCCUGUCGCUAGUAGUUGCCACCACCACCACCGCACCGUGACCUUACAUCAUCCGACGCCACUGGUGCGUCCAUCCCAGAGGAGGCACUCUGUGUCAGCACUUUCCUGUGUGGGAAGCGGGGAUGCGGGUUCCCACCAACGUACCUACUCCUUACCACUGUCUGAGCCCGGACCCCACACCCCUUGGGAAUCUAGGAGAGGGAGCACAGGUCGAACAGGCAAGAGAACUUCAGGCAGCAGUAAUAUGCGCAGCUCUGGUCGUGAGCGUUCAGACAGUGUUCCGUCACGCACACGAACAAUCAGCGAUGGUCCACACCGCAGUCUGGUCCCAAACUGUGGCAGCAGUCGGCCACACUCAGUGUGCUGGCCAGCAGGCAGUCCUGUCAGCCCUGCAUCAGGUCCAUGCUCAACUGACUCACCAGGCUCAUCCCUGUCCAUUGACGAGGGUGAUGGAGAAGGAUGGGGAGGCUAUGGACACUCCCUGACACCAGAUGAGCCUGUAAUUCUUGAGGAAAAUUGUAGUGAUGAUGCAAUAUGGCCUGGGACCACAUCAUUGUUGCCACCUCUCCGCAAGUUCUCACCCAGCCAGAUGCCGACUAAUGUCAGCACAGGCUCCCCCAGUCAGGAUGCAUACAGUCCUCACAGUUCAUCACCAAUGGAUCCAUUGGGAGGAUACAUAACCAUGAUACAGCAUGGAACAGGGACAGAGGUGAGCACAUGUCAGCGUGCACCAAGCUCUUCCAAUCACAGCCGAGCCAGCAGUCUGGCUGAGGAGACUUCAAAUGGCUAUGUGCCAAUGGCGCCUGUGGAUGACGGCUAUGUGGAUAUGGAGCCAGGACAGAGGUACCAUGGUGAAGACUGUGCCCAUGGAGAAAUGUCUCCUGCUAGUAGCUGUUCAGUCACUUCCGGCACUCCAUCUACAGAUAUGCGCUUCUCUGAGUACCACCUGGAGAAGGUGAGCUCAUAUUUCACUCCAUCAGAAGAGGAUGAAACAUCGUCACUGGAUCGUCCAACACGGGCCUACUCUGUUGGCUCUCGUCCAGAUGCAAUGAAGCGUACAAACAGGCUAGAAAUUGUGAAUCAGGCAGACGCUUCAAGAGUGCGAGCAUUCUCUGUCGGCAGCCGGACAGUGAAUAAGCUGAGUUCACGGGCACUGGCAUAUGAUUUGUACAUGACACGCCAACAUCCCAUGCUCACACCACCACAUCACACAGGUGGGCAUCAUCUGACCCAAACCCCCACAGCUGGGGGUAAGAAGUCUCUGUCUGCUCCCCUGCUCUGCAACUCAUGGUCAGGAGGUGGUACCUUGCGCCACCAUGUGCAUGGCAGUAGCCACUCAUCUAUGGAGCCAAUGGAUGAUCUCAUGGAGAUGGACUUUACACGCAACACACGAGGCAAGCCCAAGGCCAAUCGUGGCAGCAAGUUAGAAGACAAGCCAUCUGUUGUCAAUGGCUAUGUUGAUAUGUCCCCGCGUUCCACAGCCUCCAGGCAGGCUGAUGUAAAGUCAGGGAAUGUGGUAGCUGCAUCCCCUCCAAAAUCAGUUAUCCCCACAAUCUCUCCAAAAAUUGUUGAUUAUCAUGCUCAGAGUCAACCAAUCCCCACUCCAGCAAAAGUCACAGGUGCAUCCUCAUUGUCUCCCAAGACUGCUGGGCCAUAUAUGGAGAUGAGGCCUGGACCAUCACCACCCACAAAGCCUUCCAUGAUGCAGCGCAAGACAUCCACUGUAGACCCACCAUUCUCAGAUAUCAAGAACUUAAACACACAGCCUACAAGCGAUGCUUUCUAUACCAGUUCUCAGAACUUCAGCAGUGUCUCUCCUUAUGUGGAGAUGAAGAGUGACCUGCACCACAACAAUUUCCCGGUGACCUCAGGGUGUCAGAGUCGAAAGCCAACAUCGCCCAUACAGGAGGAGUACAUGGAUAUGGGCAAGCCUGGCAGUGCCAGCAGUGAUGAGGGCUAUGGGGGAGUGUCUAGUGUUGCACGCACUGCACCAGUGGACACUCCACACCCAAAGAAGCCUCCAGAAGGUAAUAUGGAAAUUGCAUGGACAGGUUUGUCCAGGCCUAUGCAGCGUUUGUCACUGGAGACCUACAGAUCAAACAGUGAAGAUUACAUGAACCUCUCAUUUGAGGGACAUGAGAACAGCAAGAGGAAAGAGAAACGAAAGGGUCGGUACAGUUCCCAGCCAAUCGUCAUCCAGGCACGUGAAGCAGAGGCUGCAAUAGCAGCAGGCAAGCCACAUUCUUCAUCCACCAGUCCUGUGUUCUCACUGUCCAGUUUAAUAGGACGCAAACACUCUACUGGUACGCCUCCAAAAGUUCCACCUCCUGCCUUCCUUCCCCUAGGCCACACAUCUGGCAACUCACCAGGCUCAAGUCCCAGUUCCUCUCUACGGCGCAGUCAUAUCCACAAGACCAGUAGGCAAGAUAGCAUAGAGAACACUGGUCUGAUCACACCGACAGGCUCCACAGUCACGAUAUUCCCAUUCAGUCUUAACAGUCCAGGAUCACCAAUGAAACCGUUCCCAGGACAGCAGCAGAAUAAAUCACAGGCUCCUCCCUUGGCAACAGCCCCUGGUACAGAUAUUCACUAUGAGUCGUCACGGAAGUGUCUGGUAGAUGCCACCAGCGGUACAUUGCGGCUAUCCUAUCCACAAGCUCCAUAUUCUCCAGAGUCAACCCCCACAACUCCUGACUCCAGCAGCUCGUCUUCUGAACAACCUACACCUGUGAAUGCAGAGUCACAGAAUGACCUGAACAAGGUUGGGUCACCCAGAAGUCACAACUAUGUGAACUAUAGCCCUUUCCAUCAAACAAGAGAAGAGCCAGUGUUUGGGGACUAUGCCUUGAUGCGGCCUGUGGCAGUAACGGCGUCAUGCAAGACUUCUGCCCCUGGCAAAAUAAUGAACUUGAAGACUGACAGCAUGGACCUCACUACCAUUCCAGAUUACAAAUCUGUUUCUCGGAAGGUACCAAGCACUGCCAUGUUCUGCCUCAGUGAGACAGUCAGCACACCAAAGUUGGUCACUAGUUCCACCAUUGCACCAAACAAGGAAGCGGUUCAGUUUGGUAGACAGAAUGUCACUGGGUCUGGCAACAAAGUUGGCAAGGCAGGAACGGUAGCCCGGCAGCUGUCUGGUCCCAGCAUGAGGUCCACAGAAGCCAGCAGCAACAGCAAAAUCUCUAGGCAGCCAUCUGGCUCCAGCCUGGGAUCUGCUGAGGGGGCCAUCUCCAGACAACUUUCCAGUUCGAGUGUGGAAUCCGUGGUGACAGGCCAAGCAGCAGCAGUUUCUGGUGGGUCACCUACUUCUUCCCGUCCCCCAUCUGUGAGCAGCGAACGGGAACUCCACUACGCUUCACUGGACCUUGCUCCCAGUGGCUCAGAAGGGGAAGAUGGGUCACGCAGUCCCCACAGCAUCAGGACACAAGGAUCUCUCACAGAGUCCUCCACCUCCUCUCCUAGCCCCAACCCUGUUAACCAGGGAACAGGGGAACCAGCCUUCACCUAUGCUGAAAUAGAUUUUGCUAAGAGUGAAGGGCUACGCAAUGUUUCAUGUUCGCUGAACAAGAAAUUGCGGCACUGAGGUGCUGAUCGCAUUCCAAGCGGUUUGGCAGCAUCUCAAGCCAAUCAGGCUGCACCAUUCAGAUGAUGUGCAAGUUUUGUGUAGGUAACAGCAAAGCGUUUUGUUCAUGGUUGCUGUUUCAUUUAUGUAAAGUCUGAUUUUUUUAUUUAUAGCUUGGCCUCACAGGAAGCUGCUAGACUGAUUUCAUAGUUCCUGAUGCCAGCCUUAUGGUCAGUUCCAUGCAGGGUGAUUAUAAAGUAACCCUACCGAUUCCAUUUCUCUGAAACGGUAGUGUACAUCACCACUUUUAUUUUAUUUGUACAACCCAUCUCAGGCAGGUGUCUCUGCUAUAUCUGUGAAAUGAACAUUUGUCUAAAUUAUCUGUUGAUAAUCCACCUGCUGGGCACAGUUUUCAUAAUAGCCUGUUUAAUACAGGGAAUGGGUAUUACCAUAUUCCUAUAUACUGAGCUUGAGCAGAAUUUUAGCUGUAUCAGAGAGUCAUAACUCUCAACUGUUUUGUGCAAAAUGAUUUUUUUCAUUUUUCAUUCAGAGUAAAAGUAUUUCCAUUCAUAAUGGUGUUUGUAUUAUUCAUGUCGCACUUAUGAAGGGUUAAAUGCUGCAGUGCAUAUUUGAGCACAUUUUUCUGACAUGAAGUAAAACAGAUGUUUGAGAGACAUACUGCUUGGAACUGUUCGGUUCGUAGCCUCCCGGUAGCUACAGUCUAGUCGUCCAAACUUGCACAUUGCUUCUGAAGAGUAUCUCAAAGCAGACGUUCCUCAUUUUAUUUAUUUGUUGCCCACUUAUAUCACAAUUUGGCAUUAAGUUACAGCUGGUCAGUGGGAGUCACUUGCACAAGAUUAACAGUAUUUUGAUACGCAAUGAUAUGAACAAAUGAAGGCAAGUGACUGUUAGGCAUUUGAAUGUGCCUUUUCCUCACACCUAGUUGAAGGCACACACUGUUUCAAUUCACCUCUCCCUGUGAACCUUUCCUCUGCUGUGAGAUAUGGUGAAUAAUGAUACAAUUUCUGUCUGUUAUAUUGGGGGGCACUCUUAUGUCAGUUUUCUGUUACAUGUGAUAAUUAUUCUGCCAGUGAGUAUCUUUGCAUUUAUCAUGUUUCAUGAUUCACAGACGUGAUGAAGUCAUGUUGAACCUCCCCAAUGUGUCCCAUUUUUUUACAAUAUCGAUAAAAGACAUGAGAUUGUAAAAAUGUUUAUUAUUGUGAUUUGUGUUACCACUUAUUAUAUAUACUGCCACAUGCUGAAACUAAUGGGUAAGUUGACAUUUUGUUAGUAAUAUUAUAUUUGUUAUUUUUUGUGUGUAAUGUAGUCUGUGUAUAUUUUACAGAUGUGAGAUGCUACCCAAUAAAGGUUGAGAGCUCCAGGGUGCA